CGCAUGCGCAUUUCAAGAAAGAACAUGUUUACAAUUUGCAUUCGGGCGACAUCAUCUCGCUUGUUUUGGUUCCUUUCAAAGAACUAAAGGAAAACCAGGGCAUCGCAAAACAAACGAUUGGCUCCCGCCUGCUCGCUUUGUCAGCGCAACGUCAGGAUCAUGUUUACAUCCCAGACGUCGUCCUUCCAAGAUUCCAUUGACGUGGAGGAGAAAGAUGACUUUGAAAGCGAAGAAAUCGCAUCUUACGGCCAGAAGACACACUUGAACUGCUAUUAUGCCAUUUAUCUCUAUGAAGGCACGAGAUCGGAGGCUCCCGAGGAAAAUGUGGCUUGGAACCAGAGACGCACAGACUCCACAACCAGUCAGGAGGACUUUAGCUUGACUCUGAUUGACAGCAGCCUUCCCGCCGAGGCGGAACCCGAGCUUCGCACGUACAUCGCGAGGAGGCUGAACAAAGGAGCCCUGCUGGGAGGGAUGGGCAAUAUCGCCACGGUGGAACUCAGUCUCCCGGAGCAGGCGGUGGGCUGCUACUGCUGUCUUCUGGAGCAGGAGCGAUCCCCGGAGCAACCCGACGCCGACGGCAACGGACACGUCAUCUGCUUCUUGGGAGGUUCCGAAAAAGGCCUCAACUUGUAUAGGCUGGAGCUGGAUAAGUACGUUCAAGGCUUGCGCAGCAGUCUGCAAACGCCCGAGCUCCAAAAUCUGGAGACGGAGCUACGUCCCUAUUUGAGUCGCUGGUACGAAGAGUCUGUCAUGCACAUUUACCGUGUGGUGCAGUUGGUCCAGAGCAACAUCAGCUUCCUGCUGCACGCCGCUCUGAGUCACAAUCACGCCGAGGUCACCAACGCGGACGACAGGACGAAGACGGACGUGUCCCGGUUCAUCAAAGCAGCCAGCUUGCAAGGCCUGUCGCAGCAAGACACCACGGCCGCCUCCCUCUGCAAGGCCAUGUCAGAGGACGCGCGUUCCCACCUGACCCUGGACUGCGCCGUCACGCCGCCCACCUUCACCAACACGGUCAAGAACCGCUUCUGCGAGGACUGGAGUCAGGCCUUUGUGAACGCCGCCGAAAGGGCCAACCCCUUCCUCCUCAGACAGAUCCUGGAGAACUUCAAACUGAAGGCCAUCCAGGACAUGAACAGCCUGAAGCGCUUUGUGCGUCAGGCCGAGAUGAGCCACUACGCUCUGUUUCGCUGCUGCCAGUUCCUGCAGGGCUGCGGCAACGGCGACGUGCUCCUGCAGAACGCCCGGGCCGAGCACAGCGACCUGCCCGAAGCCUGCCGCAUCAUCGCCGUCCUCGAGGAGUUCAUCAGAGAGCAGUCGCUGAGCUGAAGGCUGCUCUCAUACUUCCCUUCUUGUUGUUCUUUCCUGACAUUUGAAGUACAAUGUAUUGACCUUCUACAUCUAUAGAUAGUAAUCCACUUGUGAAGCUCCAAUCAUGGUUGUAAAAGUAGGAUGCGUAGAAGUGACUUAUAGUGCAUAUGCUUUAUGACAAAACACUUGUAACUGACACACAUAAGGAAAUCAUGGAUUGAUUCCUUGUUUCAAUAGGAUUGUCAUAGAUGAUUUAACACACUACUAAUAUUGUAUACACGCGGUGUCCCAGAAAUGUGAUUUUAUUUCAAGUUUUGCGCAAAUGAUUGCUAACGUGAUGUCUGAGCAGAUUUAAAGCUAUUACGAAGAAUUUAAAACAGUUGCCACUUUC